UUAGCUUUUUCAAAUCGCUACUUUUUCGCUUUUACAAGAAUCGAUUAUUCAUUUCCAAACCGAAGAUCCUUACUCUUUAAUCGUGCUUGUAAACGCGAUUCUUUGAAUCUUCCAAAACACUAUGUUCCAUCAUCGCCGUUCAGACGCAGAAGAUUCAUAAAUCAGGAGAAUUAAGAAGUUGAUGGGGGGUAGAAGUUCUAAGGAGGAGGAUAAUUGGAGGCAGAAUUCAUCUGUGCAGCGUUCAAGUUCCUCUGCUUCUUCUUGGAGUGCAUAUCCUGAUCCUCGCUCGGGUUAUGGUCAGGGGGGUUAUACCUACGAGCCCCAACAGCCUUCUUAUCCUACACAGCCCUAUUAUGCCCCUCCUCCUCAAAACUAUGGGUAUGAACCCCAUGCUAGGGACAGAGUGGCCCACCGCCCUGAUGAGAGAAGGUUAGACAGGAAGUACUCGAGAAUCGCUGAUAAUUACAAUUCCAUAGAUGAGGUGACUGAGGCUCUUGCACGUGCAGGCCUUGAGUCGUCCAAUCUUAUUCUUGGUAUUGAUUGCACCAAGAGCAAUGAGUGGACAGGAAAAUAUUCAUUUAACAGACAAAGCUUGCAUCACAUUGGGAAUGUCCCAAAUCCCUAUGAACAAGCAAUAUCCAUUAUUGGAAAAACCUUGGCUGCAUUUGAUGAGGAUAACUUGAUUCCUUGUUUUGGAUUUGGAGAUGCAUCAACACAUGAUCAGGAUGUCUUCAGUUUCUAUCCGGAUGAAAGAUAUUGCAAUGGAUUUGAAGAAGUGUUGAGUCGGUAUAGGGAAAUUAUUCCUAAUAUUCGACUUGCAGGUCCUACUUCAUUUGCACCAAUCAUUGAAAUGGCCAUGACAAUAGUUGAGCAGAGUGGAGGCCAGUACCAUGUUUUGGUGAUAAUUGCAGAUGGCCAGGUUACAAGAAGUAUCGACACUGAGAAUGGGAUGCUAAGUCCACAGGAACAGAAGACUGUGGAUGCCAUUGUUGAGGCCAGUAAAUUUCCUCUUUCAAUUAUAUUGGUUGGUGUUGGAGAUGGACCUUGGGACAUGAUGAAGGAAUUUGAUGACAAUAUCCCAGCUCGAGUCUUCGAUAAUUUUCAGUUUGUGAAUUUUACGGAAAUUAUGUCAAAGAACAUUCCUCCUUCACGAAAAGAGGCAGCAUUUGCUCUUGCAGCAUUGAUGGAAAUUCCUUCUCAGUAUAAGGCAGCAAUUGAGCAUAAUUUACUGGGUAGUCGGAAGGCCAAUGCUCCUCAGAGAGUUGCCCUCCCACCACCCACAUAUGGUUCAGCAUCUUUUGGCUCUUCAAAACCUUAUGGUUCAGCAUCUUUUGGCACUUCAAAACCGUCUCAUGCUGCUAGCUUUGAGCCGAGUGUGCCAUCUUAUCCUGACAACAGCGACCUAGUUGGCACAGCUCAUCCUGCUCCAAGUUCCACUUACGACAAUCUGCUUUGCCCUAUUUGUCUGACCAAUUCAAAAGACAUGGCCUUUGGAUGUGGGCAUCAGACUUGUUGCGAGUGUGGAGAAGAUCUUCAGUCAUGUCCCAUCUGUAGGAGCCACAUUAGCACCAGAAUUAAGCUUUACUAAGCGGCAUCUUUCCCAUCGGGAAUUAAAUUAUUGUGUGGUGUCAGCUAAAAUUCUUUGAAUUUUUUAAUUUAAAUUAUCAAAUUUUAGUGUGAUUUGGCUGUAACUAUCCAAGAUUAGAUCAAAUGUCUGUUUCAAACAGAUGAAAAGUGGUAUCUAGUUAUCUAAAGUAUGUAAUCAUUACAUAAAUUAUUUUUUCUUAUUAUUUUUCAUUCUUUUUCUUUUCUGACUAUAAUGAUUUGACUACUAACUGGCCUAGGAUGGUAUUUU